UUGAUGAACUAGUAUAUUGAUUCAAAAAUGUGAAAGAGUAAGAACUAUGUUGUGUGCAAUUUUAUCCUACUUCAUUGUUCAUUCUCUAACAUUGCAAAACAUUGGAGUCGAAAUUGAAGAACAGGAAUACAUAGUGAGAAGUUGUAUGUAACUAUAUUUUGUAAAUUAAUUGUGAUAUUAGACACCUUGUUUUAUUUAUUUUAAAUCUUUCGAUAAGGUUAUGAUCGUAAUUUGCAAAUGAAUAAUAGAGAAAGCAAAGAAUCAUUGCCUCCAUUUCCAUUUCCAUUUCCAGCAUGAGCGAGAACAAUCCGAAAACCCCUCUUCCACCUUCUUCAAACGUAGAUCAUGCAUCAACCAAAUAUUCACGAAACAAGACCCAUAUCAACCCACCAGAAUCGGCAAUUCCCGAUGCCGCAACCCUGAGAGAUCAAUGGAAGUUCGCCAUCAGACAGUACAGUAAAUGGUACUCUCACGCUUGGGGAACUGCCAUUCUUGCUGGAACUGCUUUCUUUGCACUUGGUUGGUUCAUCAAGGGUGAAAAUCCCAUUCCCUCUUUCAACUCCAAUAACAACAAACCUGACAAUGACAAACCUCCCCAACCCCAGUGAUUUCAUUCUCUUCUUUUGGGCCCCAUUCACUGGAAUGAAGCCACAUCAGAGGUGUCUUUUGUUGAUAGAAUGAUAGUGCCCUGAAGCCUCACCUUGAUUGCAAUGCUCUAUGGAAGUUUUAAGAACUUGUUGUUUUGAGAAAACAAACUGUUUUCAUUUUCUGUUUUCACUUUUAGUUACAAGAUGCAACUUUACAUUCACUUAAAGCAUAAUAUAAGCCCGUCCUUUGGAUGUUA